AUGCCUGCGGUCGACGUUGCCAUGGUCCGGAGCCUUCGCGGCGGGAUAUGGGAGAAUAUAGUGGACAGUGUGGCAAGGAGCCUCACCGCUGAAGUCGUGAGAAGAGACAUCGUGGCCGAUGCCGGCGACAAAGUCUCUGAGAUCAAGCAGACCUUCUCCAGCUGGGAUGGUUGUAUGGCUCACCUCUACUGCAAGUGGCCUGCUAUUGCAAUCAUGGUUGUCGGCGGUCUUAUUCUCAUCAGCCUCAUCGUCUGCAUCGUUCGAUGCACUUGUCUUGGCAUGUCAUGCUGUUGUUCAUGCUGUUACUGCCUCAAAUGUUGCGGAAAUUGCUGCGGCUGUUGCGAUACUCCCGGUGGAAAGUCCCGCAAGCAUCUCGAUGAACCGUACAACCCCCAGCAAUCCGGCUACGGAGGUUAUCGCCAGGAGGCACCCAUGGCAGUUAACGUGCCGGCGCCUGCGCCAGUGCCCGCCUUUGCUCCGGCCGCGUCCCACGGGCCUCCGCAGUAUGCCGAGUUUGAUGUCUCCAAGCAGGAUGCUGACGCGCUCCCGGCUAUGCCAAGCUGGGAAUCUGCCAAUUCGAAGAAGAUUGUGCUCGAAGAGGAGGUCGAAAUGGACGAUUUGCCUCCCAAGAAAGAGCCUAUUCCUCAGCAAGCCCAGGCCAUAAACAGCCCCAGGUACGGCGGACCACAGCAGCAGCAGCGAGGCCCCCAGCAGCAGCAGGGCCCUAUGGGACGAAAUGACCCGUACAAUCGUCAACAGAACAACUCUCCCGGGUUUAGCAACCCUUACGGCCAGCAGCCCGCUAACCCAUACGGGGGUCAUGAUCAGGGUUAUGCUACCCACGACCAGGGCUAUGCUGCUCAAGAUCAGGCCUACGGUGCGCAGGGUCAAGGUUUUGGUGCCCAAGCGCAAGGUUACGGCGCUCACGAUCAAGGCUAUGGCGCCCACGAUCAGGUUUACGGUGCCCAUGAUCAAGGCUAUAACGCACAUGAUCAGGGCUACAACGCCAAUGCUUACGGUGCGCACGAGCAAGCCUAUGGAGGACAUGUCCAGGGUUACGGCGGACACGACCAAGCCUUUGGCGGACAUGAUCAAGGGCUUAACGGACAUCAGCAGGGCUAUGGCGCACAGGAUGUCAACUACAAUGGACACGACCAAGCCUACAAUAACCAUAUGGCGGAUGGAUAUGGCGCUCACCAACCCUACGACCAUGCAGCCCCUGCCGCAAGCCUGAUGAGUCCCGGACACCAGUCGCCCACCUCCAGCCAGAACGGAUUCGGCGUCCCGAGGCAGAUGACUCCAGGCCCGGCACACAUGCCCACUGCUCCGCAGGAGCUCGAUGGACACACCUCGCCUGAUUCCUACGGCGUGGAUCCGCUCAUGAGGAAGUCCCCAGGCCCGGGCCUCAACCAACGGACUUCGCCAGCUCCUCCCAAUGACUUUGCCAUUGCCCCUCAGAACAAGCCGGUGCCGUUCAGGACUUAUACUCCAGCACCUCCUAAGGCUCUGCAGGAACCCCCUCAGUCUCCCAUUGUCAACAACUCGGGGUUCGACUUUAGCUCGGGCUACUCUCGCCCUCAGCAUCAAGAGGGACCAAACUACGACCGUCGCCCGAGCGAGUCCCACGAGCGUGAGGACAAUGAGGGAUACCCCGGCUACAAGCCUUACAGCCCGUCACCACAGAACUGGAGCGGUGUUUAG